AUGCGAGGAAUCGAUACCAAAGAAAAACCGGCGUCUCAACGUCUUCAAAGUGCCUCUGCGGAGACGGAAAGGGCACAGUGGACCAGGAAUAUGGCCUUUUACUGGGAAACCAGCGUCUUUUUGGUCGAAGAUGAGCUAUUCCGUGCGCCUAGAUAUCAGUUUAUCAAUCACUCGGACACCUUUAAAGCAAUGUUCACUCUUCCCCAGGCCGAGAAUACGAACGUCGAAGGCAGUAGCGAUGAUAACCCCAUCCGAUUACAAGGCAUCAGCAAACUCGACUUUGAACGUUUGCUCCAGUAUAUGUAUCCAACGUAUGAUAUUACAGACAACAAAUCUCCUUGGUCUCGUUUCUCACGUAGUUCAAGGAAUAUCCCGCCCGUGUUGACGAGGCCAUUAGAAGACUGGAUAUCGAUCUUGAAGCUCUCGACAAUAUGGUUCAUGACGGAUAUACGCAACCAAGUCAUUCCAAGGAUUAUCGAGCGUCACCUCCAAAUCGAUGUGAUAGAGAGAAUAACGCUUGGCAGAAAAUACGACCUCCCUGCAUUGGUGACAUCGGGAGUGACGUCCCUCGUCAACCAAGACGGAGGUGUUUCGGAAGAUCAAGCAGAAGCUCUGGGCUGGGACACGACUCUGCGUAUUCAGUGGAUACGUGAUAAACUGCUGACGGAUCGACUAGGUCGUUCGUACGCGUUUGGGGAGAGCCAAGUUCGUUCUAUCGCGGAGAAUAUUUUCCAAGGAGAAUGGUCUUUUUCGAAGUUGCCUAAACGGAAUAGUAUUUCGGGCUCUAGCGAAUUCACUACGGGGCGACAGCGAGCUUGGAAUUGA